AAUAAAUUUUAAAUAAAGACCACAAGUGAUUUUGUUGUCUAUUGCCAAUUUGUGCUCAAUUUGUCAUAACCAAAAGCGAUAUUGUUUUAAUCAUUUUUAAGAUAUCUUUAAAAUUCAACCCACAACUCCUGAAGAAAUUAUUUAACAAAAACCGUCUACUUAUUUGUGCUCGUGGUCAAUUUUUUGUUUUCACUAAUUAUUUCUUGUGACAUUCGCUGUUUGGCUAUUUCGCGCCUAGUGGAUUCGCGUUGGCAACGCAUGUGCGAAGUUCUUAACCUCAAAACCAAACUACUCUUUUACAAAAUUAAGAUUUAAUAAUUCUUAUAACUUUUUACAAUGAUGAAACAGUUUAAAUCCCAGUUACGCGGUUCAAACCGCAUUAAAGAAGGUGAUAAACGCCGAGUGAUAGACGAGACCCAGCGGAGGCGGCGCCACAGAAAAGUAAUGGAGCUCUUGGAAUCAGACAAUUAUCAAGAUGAUCCUCAUGCCGACUUAGUAAUGAGCAAYAAAGUACCAAAAUUCGAGGACAAUUUAGAACAGAGGUCGACUCGGACAAAGAAAAGAGAACGAACGGCGGAAUAUUACCAAACAAAGUUUCGAAAGAACUUCCAACAACUGGUGGAUGAAGACAGGAUAGAGGCCGACAUAGCGGGUCGGGUGUCAUACAUAGACAUAGCCGCGGAGGAGUCAAACUUGCCACCGAGGCAUUUUUGCGCCGUUUGUGGGUUUUUUGGACACUAUUCGUGUGUUGCGUGUGGGAUGAGAUAUUGUAGUAUUAAGUGCAUGGAGACUCACAUGGACACAAGGUGUCUCAAGUGGACUGCAUGAUUUGUUGUUUUGCAUGUUUUUUUAUUUAAAAUGAUAUUAUGUAAAAUAGCUUGUGAUAAUUGUUUUUUUAUUCACUCUUUAUUUUUAUUAAAUAAUCAGACAAUAA